UUAAAUUUUUGUUUGAGUGGUUAGACUAAAUAUUUAAUAAUUACACUUUGGUGGACUAUUAGAAGUUGUUCAAACACUUCUGUGAGUUCUCUAUGGCAGGUAACAACACAGUAAUUUGUGCUUUUUUGGAACGACCAUUGACUGACCGGAUCAUUACUGUGCAAAUCCUGGUGAUAAUCUUUCUUUGUGUCAACAUGUUGCUCAUUGUGACCUUUUUUAAAAAGGAAUGUUUUUACACAUCUGCUCGCUACAUUUUAUUUUUUGUCACAUUACUGUCAGACAGCUUUUUGUUACUCAUGACUGACAUCCUACUUAUCUUAACCACUUUCAGAUGUUCAAUGCAAGUUUGGUUAUGUAUAAUUGUCUGUUUUUUUGUGCUUGUGUAUUCUAUUGUCACACCAGUAACUCUAACAACAAUGACUCUGGAGCGCUAUGUAGCCAUUUGUAUGCCACUUCGUCAUGGACAGACGUGCUCCACACGCAACACUAAGUACUGUAUCCUGAUAAUUCAUGGCCUCAGUUCUGGGCCAUGCAUUGUUGUUAUUUCCACAUUUUUUUCUACUGCUUCAAUUAGCUUCUACAAACAAUAUGCAAUAUGCUCUGUGGAGAUGUUUAUGCUUUAUAGAUGGCAAGAUCAUGUUCGAUCAGCUGUAAAUCAGUUUUAUUUCUUCAUCAUGGGCAUCACUAUUAUUUUCUCCUAUGCUGAAAUAAUGAAAGUGGCCAAAGCUGCAUCAGGAGAGAAUAAGAAGUCAACACAAAAAGGACUGAGAACAGUGAUCCUUCAUGGUUUUCAGCUGCUCCUCUGUCUCUUUCAGCUGUGGAGUCCAUUCAUAGAAACUGCAGUCUUUCAGAUUGAUUCUAAUUUAUUUCGAAAUUUCAGAUACUUUAACUAUGUAUUAUUUAAUAUUGUUCCAAGGUGUCUAAGUCCUCUCAUUUAUGGCCUCAGGGAUGAAAAAUUCUUUCUUGUACUCAAAAAUCUUUUGCCUGCCUCUUCCAAUUCAGAAUAAACUUAAUUUUUCACAG